UCGAUAUUGAGUAGAACAAUUUGCAAACUGGCACAAGCACUGCGUCUCAAACAGGCAGAAGUAGAAAUAAACACAUCUAGACGCAAAAAGCACCCUAGUAGCUCACCCCUUAAGACCCACCUACCUGCCUCUGCCCAGUAGAAAACGUGGCAAAAUGGACAGAGGAUCGAUCGCCAAGGCGGUCGUCAACAAGCAGACAAAGAAGGCCAAGGCCAAGCAGGACCGCAAGGAGCGGGCCCCGAUGACCAACAAAGCCAUCGAGGAGGCCCUGCGCGGCAAGGGGCAUGCGGUGAACCAGCACAACAUCGCGAUCUACCGCCGGUUGAAGGGCAACUUGCAAAAGGUCGGCAAGCAUGGACACACGAUCAUGAACCUGUUCAACAAGGACAAAGACACAAUACGCGAAUGCAAAAAGCUUCCGCGUGUUCCACUCAGUACGCAUGACAGAUAUGCAUGACAGACGCAUGACAGAUAGCGACAUUUGGACACCAGAGGGCACACACGGAAGUUUUUAGCCCCAUAGCCCGGAAACUUGAUCUGGGACGACAACAAGGUGGACGGGUACUGGGCCACCCGGACAAAAAAAAUCAAGACCCUGCCGUGGAAAACGAUGGGGAAAAGGCUGACCAAGUUGUACAACGACCUGGCGCCCAAGGAGAAGCUGAACCGCAUGCCCUUCGUGUUUUUGGCGAUGCCGCCCGGUGGUGAGCAGCUGGCAUCCGAAUCCCCGAGCCCCCUGAGUGGGAUGCAGGAUGAAGAGGAGCUGUCCGACGCCUCCGUCGCGGGAGGUGGUGAUGAUGACGAGGGUGAGGUGGAGAAGAAUGACGAGGUCAGCAGCGACGGGCUUUCCGAGGAGUUGGAUUUCAACGAAGACGGUGACGCUUUCGAUGAGAAUAAUUCGAGUGUGGUCGUCGAGCAGGGCCUGCUCGAGGGGGCCGGUGAAUACGAGGGUGAUAUCAAUGCUGGUCAGGUUAGUCGACAACUGCUUGCAUGAAGUUCCCGCAUGAAAAUGCCGCUUUUCUUCAUUGCCCUGACCAGCAUCGAUUUUGCGUUGCAUAUUCAGCAGGACGUGGUCGAAGGAGGAGAUGCUGGCGGGGGCGAUGUCGACAUGAUGGAUGUGGGGUAUAGUGGGUUGCUCUCGUGAUUCUAUAUGGAAGUGUUCAGAUUUGUCAUGCGAGUUUUCGGAUUUGUAAUGCGUGUCGGCACCUUGUCGCAAAUGAGUCUCCGUCUCAAUUUCAUUUUCAGAUUUGACGACGGUGGAAAUUCUACGGACGCUUCCAGUGGGUUGCAGCAGUUGCUUGGUGGGGCCAAGGUGAUGCCGUCUUCUUCUUCCUCCACCCGGAUCAAAAACAACAAUCUGGAUUUGAGCGGGAACUCCGCGAGCAGCAAGCAGAAUUCCUCCUCAACCUCUCUCGGCGGGGCCCUCGGAGCUCUUACGACCUACAGCAACUCUUCCAGCACUAACAUCAAUUCUACCACCACGGAAGUAGAGUGCCGGCAUGUUGUUCCGAAGGUGGUCACGGCCGAAUUGUGGGAAGACGAUGAGUUGCAGCAGAUGAAGAACGCGGUGCACGCGAUGUGCAAAAGCAUUGGCAGCGUCGGAGUGGAGGACGUCGCGCCGCUGUUCAAGUUCGCGGAGCACUAUGAGAGCGGCAUGAUGAUCCUGGAGAAGUUCUUUCGCAAAGGGUGGGGAUUAGAAAUCUUCGCCGAGCAGACCUACCCCCUGCGGGCGUUCAAGGAGCUGCAGUGGUUGGCGUGGUGUGAUUACAACAAGCCGGGGUUUCGGCCGCCCGUCCUGGCCAACGAUUUUCCCGCUCCGUCCUGGCUCUCCGAGCAUGACGCCGGGAUGCAGCGGGCGAUGGAUGAGGCAGAGGUGCUGGUGUACACCGAAGUCGUGCUGGAAUCUAUUCGGAGCAAUAAAAUCGAAGACGCCAAGCAACAAAUGAGCAUGAUCAUGAUGGAGAUGGGAAGUUCCUACCAGUUGGCCCUGCAGGAAGUGGCUUCGACCCGCGCCUGGAUGGAAUUUCUUCCGGUCCAGGUCAUGCACAUUGCGAUCGUGGAAUCCUUGAAGAAGUACGACCUGACCAUCGUGGGGGAAAACCACUACCCCUCCUACCUGAUGAACGACCGGACGUGGGUGAACAUCGGCGUGGAGACGACUGCCAGCGAUUUGAUCGACGCCGCGCACGAAAUUUCCAACAUGCCGAAGGCCCAGGUUCCGUUCGAGGAGUUUCACCGGAAGGUCUCCGACAUGCUGUCCAAGCUGGUGGAAACUGCUAUGGAGCGGUUAGAGUCGCAGGUGGAUGCCGUCCUGAAUGCGAAGACCUAUAUGGACCUGCACUGGAAGGCUGAGUAUAUAUGAUUUUUUAGUAUUAUUGUUGAAGGUGUUUAUCUGUGCCAGAGUCUGCAACGGCCCGUGUGAAGCAUGACGCUUGCCCUAUUAUGAUCAAGGAAGGAGAAGGCUUAAGAACUUACAGCGCCAGUUGCCCGCUUGUAUGUGCGAGCAGGCCUAUUGAGGGGCGGGGGAAGUCUCAAAAUGGCAAGCGCUCCAGCCUUGCGCGCGCUUUUCCCUAUCCCCACGCUGUUGCUCUUGGGUUCGGCAUAUCUGGGGCUUUCGGAGACUGGCCAAGAAGUUCAUCUCCGUUCUCAGUCAACACAAAUGGGCAGGGGCCGAACAUUGCGCAUUUUGUCCCGCUCUUGCCGCGAGGCCAGUGCAAGUUCGAGACCUUUGCCUAGCCUGCAGCUGCCUGGAGCGCGGGGAAUUUUUCUCAUAUCCUAAAUCCAUAAACGAAAACACCAGGUCUACCACCGUCCGCAAAAACCUCGAGAUGGCCGUAAAUGUUUUCGAGAAGGGUAGUGUGAAGCAUGACCGCGCGGCCCGCGCGAUCUACUACUGCAAGUUCCAGGAGGGCGCCCUGAGCGAGGAAGCCACGCAGGCGGCUGCGGACUCCCAGCUGUUGGCGACGGACUUCGCGUACAAAGCGGCGAUGGACCGGUACUUGGGGUACACCAGGAUUACAGGGGAGGGAAAAAACGAACUGGAUAAGAUGCUGAACUACUCGGAAUCCGACUGGAAGGCCGAACAGGACACGGACAUUCUGACGCUGAUGAUUGACCGGGCCGACAAGUUUCGCGCAACCAUCCCGAAGUUUCUCGCCGCCAGCCAGGUCUCGAAUCUCGCGGUAUCAAUUGCAAAAAUGUCUGGGUUUGGAAGAAUGCAAGAUUUGUGAUGCAGGUUUUCCAUGGCCCAUAAGGUCUGGAAUGCGAGACCCAGCAUGACAGAUUCUUUGAGGUCUCCACCAUGCCUUUCCUGCAUGAGAAACUCCCUCUCAACUUGGUCAAAAGGGGACAGCUUUUGGCACUCAUGCAACACAGAUUUCUGCAUGAUUCGGAUUUAGCAUGACAAGUUGCAAUCUUCCAGACCCGGGCACUUUUGCAAUCCAUACGCGGCGUUGUCGAACAACAUUUCGGACGAGUUGAUCCAGCGGAAGCGGAACGAAAAGGUGGACGAAGGCAAGAAGAAGGCCGUCCGCUCCCGCGAGGAGAAGGAGGAAAAUAAGGGGUUGCUGCCGGCGACGAAGAACCAGAAAAAGGAGCAGAAGGAGCGCCUGGAGAACGCCAAGCGGUUGGCGAAACAGGAGGAGGAGAAGAAGAAAAACGCGGCGGCGAGUUCCUCCAGCUCUUCGUCGAAUGUCGUGAGUCGUGGUGGUGGCAGCAGGAACAAGGACCUCUUCCUCGAGGCCCUCAAAAACGCGAAGAAGAAAUAAGGACUGGGGUUUUGAUCAAUUAGCUUCUGCAUCUACAACUACAAAAAUUUUGCAAUCCAAAUGUAACGCUCUUGAUGUAUUUUUCUUGCAUGGCAAACCUCUCGUUGUUUAGACAAGCAGCGGCACCGCGACUCCGGUGUCUCGUAGUGGUCAGCAAUCCUCGUAUGUCGUAGAUAUCUAUCCUAGGAAUGAAAAUCUGUAGCUUCAGAUCCUCGCGUGUCAUGCUUGAAUUUCCGACAGUCUCGCACUCAGAGUUUCGGUGAACGUUACUCCGCCCACCGAGUCGGGAUGGUUUCAGUGAGCUAAUCUUUAUAUUCACAGCGACUAUAUUAUUCCGGUCUGUAGCCGGCCAGCUUCGAACUUCUUAUUUUUACUCAGCCUGCCGCCCCGCUAUUACGCCGCUUGUAGUUCUAGCAAUUCAAAUCUCGGACCGCGGACUCCACGCAAUCGGCGCAGGUUGUUUUAAUUUUGACCGAGAGCUUCUCUUUGUUUCUUGCCGGUGUUGGCUCGUAUCUUUCGCGCGUCCCGUUGGAUGUGUUGACUAGAAAGUACCAGUACAGGAAUUAUUUCAGCUUGAAUUGUUAUCGCAAAAGGUAAAGUGUUGAUAUCUAGCAGUCCGCUUCCCACUAGGUGGGCCCUAGAAAAUUUCCCGAGACCGCAACAGCUCAGCAAAACAAUUUUCACCUUGAUUGAUGCAAAACAAAUUUGAAGAAUUAGAAAGCCCCAGUCCACGAAGACCGUAAGUCCAGUGACACCCAGAGAAACGAACUCGAGGAUCUCCAAGAACCGGACGAAAAUGUUUGAACUUCUUUUUCUGACUCCUUAUCAAUUCCAAGUAGCACCGUGCUACAUGCACCGAAGGCAAUUCGGCAUCAAGGUGGGUCUGUUCUGGUAUUUGCAACGCACACACGUAGGCAUGAGUGGGGUUUCUCCAAAAAGACCGCAGAUAUUGAUACUCAAAUCAAAUAAAA